CCUAAAAAGAAAUAAAUCUUAAGAAGUUGAAGGUAAAUCAGCUAUAGAUACAGUAGAAUUACAUAACCUCAAAAAUACUUCAACAGAGAAACAAAGGUAAAAUAGACACUUUAGAAAUAUCUUCUGUCAACUCUGUCAAAAUGGAAAAUGGUAUCCAUGAUGAUCAGAAACCUGAAAAUGAUAUGACUGAAAAGCUGAAAGUGACUGAUGAAGGGAGUGUUAAAACAGGGGAUGCAAUUAGUGUAAAAAAUGUAGAAAAUACUGUUGAAGAAGAUGGUGACAAAACAGGGGAGAUAAAUGGGGAAGAUAGGGUUUCCAUUCCAGACUACACUCCACCACAAUCAGCUGAUGCUUCAUUUUCAGCAGAUGCAGAUAAUGAGGGAGAUAAUAAGAAGUUAGAUAAUGAUCCAUUGGUAGAUCAAACAACAAAUGAUACAAAUGGGACAGAUGAAUCUCCAGUAAGACCAACCACUAGUGAAAAAGUUACAAGGCCAACCACUGCAGAUGACACCAAUGAAAUGUCAGGUCAGAGGUCAAGGUCAGGAAGUGAUAGCCAAGUUCCUGAUCCUGUCCUAAAAACGGAAGAACCUGACAGACCAGACUCCUCGUCAAGUGAAGAAACAGGUUCAUGGAUAUCAAGCUCAUCAAGUGACCAGUCAGUCAAGGAUUCAGAAGCUCAGACUAAGGAAGGUAAACAGAUUGUUGGAGGAAGUGAUGACCAGUUAGCAACUAGUAGUCCUCAAGACAACAACCAGGGAUUAGGUAUAAGUGAAGAACAAAAUAUUGAACAAAGCCAAGAAAACCAGGAGGAUACGAUAGAUCAACAAGAAACCAGCCCAAUAGUCAAAAUGAGUUCAGAGGAGAAAACUAUUGAGCCUGUUGAAACCGUUGCUGAAGAGCAAAAGACAGAUGACAUAGAACCAAAGAAAGAGGAAAACGAGAGUAAGAAUGAAACAAAUGAUGGACAGAAGGAAGAAGAAGUUACUAAGCAUGAAGAAACAAAAGAAACAGAAAAAGAUAUAAAUGCUGAGGAGGAGCAAAAAAGACUUGAAGAAGAGAAAAAAGAAGAGGAAGCAAAGAAAUUAGCAGAAGAGGAAGAAAGACGUCUUUUAGAUGCUAAAUUGGAAGAGGAGGAAGCAACAAAAAAGAAAGCUGAGGAAGAGGAGGAGUCAAGGCGUCGUGCAGAAGAGGAGGCAAAACUUCAAGCAGAGGAAGAAGCAAGAAAGCAAGCAGAAGAGGAAGAAGCAAGAAAGCAAGCAGAAGAGGAAGAGCAGAGGAAAAAUGCACUUCUGAAUCAGCAAGAAUCAAAAGAUGCCAUGCAACAAUUGAUUGACGACAACACAAGAUUGGCUGAUGAUGCAAAAACUGCUAAAGAGGAACUUCAACAAGUCACAGAGAAACACAAGGUUGUAGAGACUGAAUUAAGUGAAUUAAGGAAAGAAAAUGACGAAAAUAAGGUUCAAGUGAAAAAUUUACAAGAGGAGCUAGAGAAAUUAAAAAGGCAAACUCCAGGUACAACAGAAAAUGAAGAUAAUGAUGCCCAAAUAAAAGACUUGCAAUUGAAAUUAAAACAGAUUGCUCAUGAAGAUGAGGAAAAGGAAAAGAAAAUUCAAGAAUUAAGUAAAGAACUUCAUCAACUUAAAAUAGAAUUACGUCAGAAAAGUGCAGGACACUCUAAUGAUAGAAAUGCAGCCGACAAUCCCAAAUCAAAAUCUUGUGUUAUUUUGUAAAUUCCAUAUUUAGGAUAAAGAGAACCGUGAAUGAUAUUUUCUGAAACAUAUUCUGUGAUAGGUUAAUUUUGUGAUACCAUCUAAGUCCUUGGUGCAUAUUUAUCUCAAAGUAAGUGUAUAUUGUAUACAUGUAAAUUACCAUUUAACUUAUUGUACACUCAAUUUUUUCUUUUCAUUUUCCCUGUAAAUAGAUUUAGUUCACAAGAAAUAAUUUUUAGACUUAAUUUCAAAUAAAAUCUAUUAUUCUUUUUUCAUGAUUUAUUUAAUUUAAAAGUGAAGGGUACAAUAAACUUUGUUCACUUUAUUUGUAAAAUUGUUUAAUAUGUAAAUUACUUUUAUUUAUUUUUAUAGAAGAAUGUAGACUCCAUGAAGUGCAAUCAAACUGAUAAACAAAACUAAUUUAUGUAUAGAUAUGUAAAUUACCCCUAAUUUGUAAAAAAAAUCUUGACUUUACAUGUUUGUACAUAUUAAUUCUCAUAUUCAUUUGCUAACCAAUAUUUAAUUGAAUAUGAGGGUCUGUACUGAAAUGAAUUUAGAAAGCAGUUUUCAUCAAGUAUACACGUUCCUUUAAAUAUCAGCUUCUCUUGGUGAAAUUUUACUAAGUUUAGGACAUUAUUUUAGAUACAUGUAAUUAUAAAUAACCCGAAAAGAAUUAAUUUCACUAAAUAAUGUGAAAACACUUGACCCCUGGACCUCCACCUUAUUUUUUUUUUUGGGGGGGGGGGGGAGGGGUGUGAUAUGGCUUAUAAUAAGUAAAUUGUGAUUGGGUCAAUUUCAUUAUUGAAGAAAUCAAACUAAAAAUUCUUAGAAAAAAUGGAUAUGGUGAAAAAAGGGUGGGUUUGUAGCCUUAGGAAUCUAAUGCAAUAAUUACCAAAAAAGAACUUUUGUAAAAUGUUUGUUCCUUUUAAGCCUUGACUAAUUUUUUUCUUCAGAUUUAGGAUAUAAACAAUUAUUUUUGAAUAAUAUAGAACUUGAACUUCUGCAAAAUCUUUAGUGAUGUUAGCAUAAUUCAUACUUUGAUGACCCCAGUAGUUAAGACCCCUGCUGGAUGAUACCAGAAGUUUGUUUGUAGCUAAGCACCCAGUGUUUAUAAAGUUUACCUUUAACUUUAUGAGUAUAGACAUUUAAUUAAUCUGAUACCCUUUAAUCUACUUUGAUUAUAUGUAUGAAAGUCGUGAUUAGAAAGUGUAAAAUUAUUUUAUCUUAUAUCAAACUUCAUAAUUUAUUUUAAGGAUUUUCAGUCAAUACCAAAGUUAAAUGUCCUGACUGAAUUUUUGAGUUCUAUUUAUUGACUGUUAUGUAAUUUAUUGAUAACAUUCUAUUUAGUCUCAGAGGUAGUUUAUUUGAACUGCAUAAAUUAUUAUUGACUUGGCAUGUGCAAUUUAGAUUAGGGGAAGGGGAAUAACUCAAAAUAAUCAUUAACUUAUUAUUGUGGCAAGAUAAGAUAUAUAAAGUGCAUUUCUUUUUUAAAAUCUUGGUAAAAAAAGAGAGUCAAAGUUCUAGGGAACAAUAUCCUGUUAUUAGAGUCAAUACUAAUCCUUUUUCUAAAGCUUUGAAAUGUUCAUUAUAAAUUAGCUAUGUGUGAAAAAUAAGACUAUUUAAUUGGAAAAACGCACUUUUCAUUCUCUUGUAUAUUUUUAUACAGAAAGCUUUUCUUUUUUUCUAGUCAAACAGUCAAAAUAAAGCAUUAUACUAUUUUUUUUUACUGAAUAUGGUUAUAUGUUUUUGUGAUAUGUAAUUCCAAUUAGACCUUAUUUUCAAUCUUUCACAAAAAAAAUUGAUACAUAAUUUUAGUCUACUUAUUUGUAAUAUUGUUAGUAUAAUUUAUUAUUGUGUUGUCCUCCCAAUGAACUAUAGAAGAUUUGUCUUCUCACUAUAUUUUUGUGAAAUCCGUCCAGGAAUUUUAUUGUUAUACUUUAAAGCAUUAAUAAAUUUCAGUUUGAUUUACACAAAAUGCCAAAAUUAGUAUUAGAACAACAUGUAUUAAAAUAAUAUGUAUGUUAAAUAUAACUAUUUAUACUAGAUGAAGUUUCAGGUUUUGAAAUACAUAUAUAAUUGAUCUGUAAUUGUUACAAAAUAGCUUUAUAAAACUUGUUAUUGUC